AAGACGAGGUGGUGUACACUCGCGCUCACGCUCUCAUGGAUUGAGUAUUCUAUUUUACCCUCCAAACAUAUAACUGAAUUUUGUACUGAAGGUGAAGCAAACGACGAUAAUACUCACACACACUAAAGUGACCACAGUGACAUCUAGGUGACACAUAAACCGGUGAUUUUCUUAAACUUACAUAUAUUGUGCGCGUAGGCUGGUGGAGGACAGGCCUAGUCCGGUAUAUAAAAAAAAAAAUCCCAUUAUACCAGAGAUAUAUUUAUAGGGUGCGUUAUAGCCCGUGUUAUUGACUGAGGCCAAGACCAGUGUGUGACAGCAGGUAGUGGAGGCAUCAUCUGUGUGUAUGGUCAUCUCGAGGCCAACAAAUGGAUUAGACAAAACUGGUGUUGAGUUGCCAUGGUGCAGGAUGGGGUUGGCAGCGGAGACAUCCCAAGGCUUGCCACGCCGCCGGGCUAGCUACUACGGUCUAGCCCUUCAGUCCUGCCCCCCUCACCACCCCCUGCUGUCACCACACCUUCUGCUGCUGCUGGCUGCUCUCCUCUCACCUGCUGCGGGUGGUCAGAAUGGGGAGCUGUGUGUGGUAGAGACGCCCCUCAGGACACAGUACGUGAGGCCAGUAGUGGAGACGAGCGCUGUGUGCCACGGCUGCCUCUUCCCUGCACCCACACCGCCCACGCCCGCCCCGGACACCCACACACCACCCAUACGCCAGGUGCACAUCGUACACGUGGACGAGCCCGAGGGCGGCGCUGUAGAGGUGAUGGUGACAGGGCAGCAGACUUACAGGGUAGUGCUGGUCUUACACUCCUCCAGGGACGCCCCUGUAGUGUUCACCAUCACCUCCUCCCACCCUACCAACACCACCAACCACCUCUUUCUGGUGAGCGGGGAGGAUGAGGUCCGAGGUAGUAACCUGAGGUACAGUGUGGCCCACCAGCAGCGCGUUCCCCAGGAGGACCUAAUAUCUAGCACCCAGCGCAAGUUUGGCUUUGUCACCUCCUACACCCGGGCACCCCAGGCCAACACCAUUGCCCUACACCUCCCUAAUGAUGAAGAGGCAGACGGUGACUGUAACAUGGAGGUGAAGGAUGACAGUCCGGUGGCCAAUUGCUUCAUGUCUGUAGAACAACCCAUCUCUGGCUGCUACCACCAUAAUAUGCUCGGGGAGAAUAACAGGGACAUCCACAUCAUCGAGGUAGACGGCAGCAGCAACAGUAACGGCAGCUUGGUGUUGUCCGUGGUCGGCAGCAGUGAGGGCGGGAGUGGAGACGUCAGUGCCGGUGGUGGUCGAGAGGUUGAGAGGAACAUUACUCUGGUAUUGCGGACCUCAAGACCCACCACCUGGUCACUCCAUGCCACCAGUCUCCAGGGGACCAUCACACUACUGGUGGGAGGCAGAGACCAGGUGGAGAAUACGUCUGUGUCGGGCCCGGGAGUGGUGGUCAAGGUGGAGAGGAUCAACGUCCCAGCCUCGUUUGAUGGGUUGAUACUGACAGUUCUGACCAGCGUGGGCCCCCCUGUAUCCUACACCCGCACCACCAGCCCCAACAAGAUCACCGUUACUGUCCUCCCGAAAAGUGAGAUCCAAUUGGAUCCGCUGUUUUAUUUACCCGUCGACGCGGCGGCCUUCAGGUAUGUUUUGAUUUGGUCUUUACGAUUCGAGACUUGUUAUAGAUUAGUGGAUGCAGAGGACGUAGCAGCAGUGAUCCAGGCUGCACUGUCUGUGAGCUGCGAUGAAAGCACUAUGACGGUGGCUAUUCCUUACGACGUCUCUGAACGUGUCGGGGGAAUAUCCAUGUCCCUGAGAGACCACUCGUGUACUGGUGCCAUGAACAUCUCUCAUAUCGUCAUCAGAGAGAACUUCAGCCGCUGCAAGUUUACAAGACAGAACUCCCCCUAUCAGACCACUUAUACAAAUUAUGUAAGCGUGGAUCUGGGGCCGAGCCUGAGCGACGACGAGGACUUUGACGGGUCCGGUUACGGCAUCGAGGACGAGUACCACGGCGCCAGGAUAGCCCCCAUACAGGUCCAGUGUCAGGUUCACCCCCACCCACCCCCCCACCGUGAGACACCCGCCCCUCAGUCAACAAAUAAAAAGACUGUGAGUGAGCCAGUCGCCGGUGCCACAUAUAAGAUGGAGAUGUUCCGAGACAGCGACCACGAAAUACCCAUCACAACUGACAACUAUCCCGCCUCCACCAACAUAAACCACAGACUGUACAUCAAGACAGCUCUGGCCAGUGUGAUGCCAUGGACAGAGGAAUAUGAUGCUGACCUGCGAAUUGUGCUUGAGGAGUGUUGGCUGAGCAACAGCUCAGCCUCCAGCCGUACUGGUGCUUUGCACGAGCCUCUUGUGAGGAAGUCGUGCCCUCUCCGUUCCUCAGUGAAUUUGGAACCAAUGUUGUUCAACAGUCAGACGUCCAGCUUCAGCUUCCAGGUCCUCUCAGAAUAUUCUUACUUGGGUUCCUUCUUCCUCCACUGUCAACUGGGAGUGUGUUCAGCUGACUCUCUCCCUCGCCCAGCAGUUAACAGGUGUAUAGACCCUGGACACUACUGCGGUAAAGCAACGUUGAUGAGGGUGUUCGAUACUCAGCCUUCGUCCUCCUCGCUACAGACACUCGCCCUUGGGCCUUUUUCCAUGGCUCCCAGCACUGAAUCCUCAGCCGCUUGGUCAGGAAGCAACAUGAAGACGAGUGACAGCAGUGACAGUGUUGUGCAAGUUAGUGACAGUACCAGCAGCAGUUCCUCAGUGACUGGCGCCACUGAUGACAAGACCCAGAUCAUAGUCCUGGGCGGAUUGUCAACAGAGAUUGUUGUUGGCAUAGCACUUGCUUCCUUUGUAAUUGGAGUUUGUCUGACAGCCACACUCUGGGUCAUCCACAUGAAGACUGAUCCUCGUAGGCAGAAGCGUCCAGAAGGAGGUGCUCCCCGUAACUCUGGUUAUGACCUGUCUGCUCACUCUGGCUCCUCAACACCGUCAUCCCAGGCUCCUAUGACAGCCUGACGGUCCCAUGGGCUGCCCCCGCUGUGGUCACGACGUGGGAAACUGCGACAUGCACCACCUCCCACCACUAGUUGUGUGUAGAGUCAGGCAGCUCCGUCACGUGUGGGUGAUAGCACCUACGUUGAUGUUUGUUUUACGAAAAUGAAAAAAUUGAUGAAUGGGGAAACUCAUAAAUUAAAAUUAUUUAGUAUCGAGAUUGGCAGUGGAAAUUUUUUUAAUACGAACUUCCCUUUCUGCCACCACAAACUACUGGUAGUUCCCACGAACUGUGGGUGACCAUCAUGUGUCAGUGACCUCAACAUUUGUGGCUGCCUGGAAGCAUAUUACCUCUUGAGCUUUUUUGUACAUGAAUAUGGACACCAGUUAUGCCUGUUUAUAGUAAAAUGCUCUGUACUCAACAAGUGUCAUGGAACAUCUCUCAAAAAGUUAACUUCUGAAAACUUGGUGGAAGUACUAAAGUAUUGUACUGUACUGUACUGUACUGUACUAUGAUUUUUCAUAUUGAUUUUUUUUAUAACAUUAUUACAUAUCUUGUUACCAAAAUUUGAGUGAGACUUUAAUGGAGUAUUUCUUAAAAUGACAACUUUUUGCAGAGUUAGAUCUAAGACAAGUGUGAGAGCAUGAGCUUAGGUUCCCAUCAAGUACCUUAUUGACAGUGGUAGUUCUUAGCUACAGUGUAAAGUUUAGUGGCAAUUCUAGUUGGGUCACAUAAUUGUGUUGGCGGUUCUUGCUGUGUUGCAUCUUGCAACCAGACAGUUGAACUUGCGGGUAAUAUUUUAGUUCAAGGUUUACAGGUACUUGUGAAGUCAAAAUAUUUUAUGUUGACAAUGUCGUGAGAUUUUAAAGGAAUCUCUCGCAGUUGGUGUUACGGGAUGGUCUGCAUUACCUCUCAUGCCCAAAGAUGCAGACGGCCUCAUGCUGCCUGUAAUGAGAUUUUUUAUCAUUUGCUUAUAUGAAACUAAGAAACAACAGCAUGAUCUAUUUUAGCUCAGUCCCUUAAAUCAGUCAUGUAAACUGGAAGAAUCUUCAGGAUUAUAUUUAUUAAGUGUAUGUGUUAAGGGGUUUAACUGCUCUGCCUUGUUCCUAUGUAUGCCAAACUACCAGCUAGAUUUUUUGCAUUGUAUCACCCCAGUACCUUGCACGAUAGUCAUGAGUUGCACCUUAUGAUACGGGUAAAUGUUUUUUAAGCUGUUAGUGUGACAGAGAUGCCCCGAGCAGCCUGCAGACCUCCUCUUAUCCUUCACUUACAUUGACCACAUCCAUUACUAUGAGCUUAAGAUGGUAAUGCCAAGGUUUAUUCCUGGAGUACUGGAAUCCCAGUUAAUUGCUGUCAAAUGCUCAAUUUGGAAAAUCAUUUAUUGGUCAACUUGACUUAUAAUUGAUGAAGUGACCAGGAAAACUAACAGAGUAGUUUCAUGCUCAGCUGCAACCCAAGAAUGUGCUUGAGUGCUGCUGUAAAUCCUUAAGAUAUUCUUUCCAGGGUCUUAAUGCUCAUUGUUGUAACUUUAUUAUGUGUAAAUUACAUAACCAGCUGCAGAGAGCAGCAUUUACUAAAUAAUUACUCAGGUUCGUAACAGUCGACUCUCGUGCUCUGUUGGAGGUGCAUCUUAAAAUGGGGCAGUUUCUUAUUAACUUUUGUGUACAUGUGUGUGUGUGUGCGACAGUCACCACAACUCUGAUACUCUUGAGAUUCCUUCUAUCCUUGGAGAAGUACUGUACUGUACUAGAUAAUUAAGUUUUACACAGGACCUAAAGUGUAGUUGCUGUCAUGGCCCCAGAUUUGAAAAUAAUUUGAGCUUCUCUGCACCGUGAUGAGCUUCUUCGGGAAAGGACAUAAUUUGUUUAAGGGGAAUUAUAAUGGUUAAAGGUGAUUGAGAACAAAACCUCAGAUUAUUUUAAAUUUGAUGACCAAGUGCUUAUCAGUGACAGAUCUUCACACAUGUAGACAUUUUUCUAAGAUGUUUGUUUACUUGCAGUGACAAUAGCUUCACUGUUUAGAGAGUUUCCGAGACUAAGAGAACGGUCCAGUGACGGCGAAACCCCUAUACUAUACUGUAGAUGGUUUACUGUAUGUGACGUGACUUUGGCUUACCUCGUUCUCUGUACCUGAUCCUAAACGUGGCCCGGUGAGAAGUUAUUGUGGUUUACCUUGGGUGGAAUUUCAGCGAUGAAAAAAAAAAUUAACUUCUCAUGUCACAAAUGCUAGACUAAUGUGUGUGUAACAGUAUAUAGAAUGUAAGUGUGUAGACGUAGUGGAGGAAAACGUAACAUCGGUGAAGUGUCAAAAGAGAUUGGGUAUUUAAAGCACUUGAGCAGAAAUUACCAACAUUUCUUUGAGAGUUACGUAAUUAAAUGGAAGCUGACGACGUUGGCUUGUGGGAUCGCUUACUUGUUUAUUAUUUAUGCUUAGCGGUGACACUGUACAAUACUCUUAAUGUUAUCAUAAACUGUCGAGCUAUCUCCAAGUGUCACACUACACCCAGUAGUUAGGUGUGUCACAUCUGCCAUGCUAUAUGCCAGGAGUCAUGUCCAGUUGCCAGUCAUGUCUCUUCAAUCAUCAGGACAUUCCACAGUCAUGUCACAACAUCGGUUACUCUGCUUGAUCAAGUUUUAUAAUAUAAAUACCUGUCAUGUCAGAUGUCUUUUUAUACUAUCAGUCAUAUUUCAUCACCACUCAUACCACCAGUCAUGUCACACCCAGUCAUGACACAUUACAGGUUAUCUUACCUCAUGUCAUAUUAUAUCUUGUCAUAAUCACUUCUGGUAUACCAUCAGUCAUAUCAUACCUCAUGUGUUGUCAUGUAACACUGCUGCUUAUAUAUACAAACACCUGUCAUGUCAUGCUACAGUACGACCAGCUGUGUUACACCAUCUCUCAUAUCAGAUCAUCAGUAAUGCCUCUGUCAUAUUCACUACCAGUUAUGUCACAGAGUCAUUAGUUAUGUUACACCAGAAUUAUGUUGCACCAGACUUAGUUACCUCACACCAGUAGAGUACAGAGACACACAUUGUAAUAGGCAGCCUUAAGUUUGAUAACAUAUCCAAAUUAUUGGCCACAAGUGUACUCAAUAGUGUAUAUAGCCAACCUGCUGAUAACCUCUGCUCUCUUGACUUAUAAACCCACUCUACUCCUUGGACCACUCUAGCUGAGGGAAGGUAUCCACUCAUUAUUUCUUUGCUUACCGUAAAGAAUCUCAAAUGCCUGGAGCAAAAAUUGUAAUGGUACGCAAUUAUUGUACUUCUGGAAACUUUAUUAAUGAAGACGGUGCAAAGAGGUGUUAAUGGGUGGGAGUGGGUGGUACUGUUCGCCAGCUGAGGUGGGUUGGAUGGGCCUCUUGCCUACUAUACAUCAAGAGAACCACUAACCUCUAUAAUAAGAUUUAGUAGUUUUAAGUACAGUGGUUGUCACAUUGUCUGCCCUUGUUUUAUACUCCCCUCAUUCUAGAACCAUAUUCUUUGUUUCCACUUAAGUAAAAGCAUGAAUAAUAUACUAAUAAUGUACUUGCAAGAGAACACUCACCCUCAUACUGGUACUUAAGUGACCACUCAUAAGAAUUAGGACCUGAAAUUAGAGAGUAUAUUAUGACCUUUAGUACGACUUUCAUAUGGAAGUUUGUGAAGCUUCUUUUCUAUUAUGAUGGAAUUAUGCUUGAAUGUGUAAUCACAGAAUUGGUAAAAUAUGUACUGUACUGUAUCUAGAAAAAAGAGGAAAUCAUCUUAUCUUAUAAUCGUCAUAUUCAUGAUUAGGUUGAGAUUUGGCACACAAUAGUGUUCCACUUUAAUAAACUGUUUGAGAUAAUGUCCACAGAGUCAGAUGAUUGAAUAUUAUUUUUACAUUAUAUAUAGUGUUCCAAGUGACUCGGUGUAGUAUGACUCGUACUUGACCAAUUUCAGGGACUUGAUACACUCUACCCUGAGGCACAGGUAUGGAAACAUGCCAUACAUUUGGGGUCUUGGUAUUCUAUAAUAGCAAAUCUAAAAUAUCAUUAGUGAGCAAAGGGCAACUGAAAAAAAUUAUGACAACUUUUAACUGAUAUUCCCUUGUAUCUUACAAUACUUUUUAGUAUGAUUUUGAAGUUGUAGUCUUUUUGUUUCUGUAGGCUUUACUGUUCAGUCAUUAUCUACAGUUUGUCCAAGCUGCCUUUUGCCCAAAAACGAUAUUGUUGGUUGGCCGCCGCUCCUGUAAACAGUUGUGACUUAACUGAGCCUCAUUCUUAUAGGUUUUCUCAGGGUUUAACGUACAAUGGUUUUGACGCAACUCAGACGAAUGUUUUAAUGUUAUUUAGCCCAUCUCUUUUACCCUGUGUAGCUUUUUUUUUAUAGGUGACCAGAGUUUGUAGAAUGAAGAUGAACUUUCAUAUCAUGUUCCUUGCAAGAGUUGACUUGUAUAUAUGUAUGAAUGGUUUAAAUAAGUGCACCUGAAGAAAUUAUGGCAAGGCUUACUGAGAAAUACACAAAAUAUCAACAAGCUAUCAAGCUAAAAUGAUGAGAGACCAUAAAAUAGCUUGUGAUUAAUAAAAUAUAAAAGUCGGGCUCUUGCCAUUAUUUCAUCUUGAUUUGCUUGGAAACUAUGCACGUAAAACAUCCUUUUGCCAUUGUAAUUUUUUAUACAAUAUUUGACAAUUGGUGAAAAAAAUUAUGUGAAAAAUGCUGCUUGUGUAUCGGUGUAUGAAUAACAGCGUCGUCAUUCACAUUUUUUAUGGCUAAACAAGAAUAUCUUCAGUAUAUGGCUGCCUCUGCCCACCAUCUCUCUCUUUUUUCCUACAUAAUAAAGAAAAAUUAUGUGGUUCUCAUUUAUUUCCAUUAAAUAUUUGGUGUAAGCAGCAGUCACUGUGUUUAGUUCUGGAAUGGAUGUGAGAUAUUCUCAGCCAUUCGUCUACCCACGUUAACACGACAGCGAGCUCUAACUGGCCAAGACUUGUGACACCUUUUCUUAAUCUCCUCAUUGUAAGUGAUUGCCUCAUGCCUGCAGUUAACCACUUGUGUAUGGGGUUCCCUCUCUGCUGAAUAAAAUCUUGCGGCAUUAGCCAAAUAAAAUAUUAAAGUUGCGUCCUGGUAGUGAAGGGGUAAACCAAACAUGUCAACCACAUUACCAAAAUUUUGACAUUCUUGAGAAGUAAAAAUAAAUAAAUUAUAUAUAUAUAUAUAUAUAUAUAUAUAUAUAUAUAUAUAUAUAUAUAUAUAUAUAUAUAUAUAUAUAUAUAUAUAUAUAUAUAUAUAUAUAUAUAUAUAUAUAUAUAUAUAUAUAUUGUAAAAAAGAAGAAGCGUUAUGUCUUCUUCAGAAUUAGAGUCAAAGGCAUUUCUUCCUUCAAUGUUCUUAUGGUGUCAGCCAAAACUGGAGCUAUUCCUCUUGGGCAUGUAGAGUUUAGCCACUUAGUAAGACUUCUGGCAAUUAUUCAGGAUGUUCUCAUUCAUUCAGAGUUGUGUUGGUCAUUGAGAGGUCCACCAGUGUUUGCUGCUACUUGAGAGAGAAUCACUUAUUUGGAGAUCUACCGUUCUCUCAGAUCUGCCAGUCAUUGAGAGAUCUGCUGGUCUUUCAGUGAUACCAGUCACUCAGUGGUAUACCAGUCACUCAGUGGUAUACCAGUCACCUGGUGGUAUACCAGUCACUCAGUGGUUACCGGUUUCUUAAGAGAUCUGCUGGUCAUUCAUAAGUCUGCUGAUCAUUCAGAGAUCUGCCAAUCAUUCAUAGAUGUGUGCAUUUUCAGUGAUCUGUCGGUCAUUCGGAGGUCUUACUGUUAUAACUGCAGCCCUACAAAGUACAAAACAUAUUGUGGUUCAGGCGGAGUGAGUUAUGCAGUGGGUCAAAGGCCGAGACUGUAAGUGUACCAAAAGUUCCUAUAAGUUCCACUUAACACUUGGAGUCUCAGCAAAUGUUUUUAAGGUCAUUAUAUUGUGUCUUCUUUUGUAACUUCCAAAUUUCUUUCCACUUCUUGAUUUACCUGUCAGCCACACAUUGCCUCAUGUUCAUAGUUGUAAUUGAUCACUGAAAUGUGUCGAGAAUUGUAAUUAUUUACUGUUCUGCUUUUAACUUGAUUUUACAGUUGUGUACAUGAGUAGAGUUGUAUUUGUUGUCAGUGAAGUGAGAAGGUGAUUCCGAGAUACCUUUUGGAGGACUUUUCAAUAAUAUCGUUUUUUUAUUUUCAGAUUUUGUCUGGAAGAAUGUUAUGCAAAACAUAAACAUCAAUAUAUUUCCUUUUUAGUCUAAUAAUAUUUACUUUUAUAUUUUAUAGUAAAUAUUAGUUUGUCUGUUUUAUUUUUCUUUAGUUUUGGUUUUAUCUCCAAGUUCAAAAUAUUUGUGACUGUUGUUGAGACCCCAUGCACAGUUGACUACAACCUGCUCACUGUGUAACCGCUCCUGACGGCCACCACUGCUUUACUCGACGGGAUUGGCAAGGUCGCCGACAAACCAGGAGUACGAGCCUAGACAUUAUAUUCCGCUUGAAACUUGGCCUUUGAGAAGCACCAAUGGCCCAAUUUCCUCACUCAUCAUUGUGUGUAAGAAACUGUAUAAGAAUGACCGUUGAGAUGUGAGAGAGAAGUUUUGGAUGAUUUUCAUAAAUGGCCAUUCCAGUAUGUCGCCCGGGUUGCCCCUCAUCAUCAAGUAAAAGAUGAGUUGCUGUUGCCAGCUUCUUCUGCAAAUUAAUAUACAGGUAUACUAAUUGGAAUAUAAAUACAUAUAGAGAAGCUGUACAGAGCUGCCAUUAUGGGCCGAGUGUAACUUCUUUUCUUGUAUUAACUGAAAUAACCAAAUAUUUGGGUCAUGAGAAGUGUCAGGAUAAUUUCAGGGUCUAAAUAAUUUCUCGCUUUUGGAAAUACUCUCCGAGGUUAUAUUGUGCCUGGGUGGUUCUUGACGGCUAUUGGCUGGAUUCUGUGUGAUGAGGUGUAGAAGUGUGAACUGUACUGUAUCAAUACUAGGACAAUCCAGACAAUACUCAAGAAGAGCAUACUUAUCCUAUAUACCUACCUUUUUUUAUUAAAAAUUCUUUCAUCUCAUUCUUUGUAAUAUCAAAAGCUGUAAGUGCUUCACCAGCAGCCAAUGCCCCUGUGUACGUACGGGUCCUAUACUAAAGUUUAUAAAAGGGGUUGCCAGCUGUGGUUGGCAGCAUAGCUAUGUUAGUAUCGAUUCUUCUUGAUGGGAAAUGUGUGGAAGGCAUCAGUGUAGGAAAUUUGUUCUAUUAAUCUGAAGUCAUUGUGUAGGUAUUAGAUGUGCUAGAAAUUUAAAUUAUAUUUAUACAUAAGUUGUAGCAUGAAUCUUGCUCAUAGUGAAGUACCUGAAGUACGAGGCUGCCUUCCACGCCUGUCUCGUAAUUGUGCAGAAGUAUUGUGUGAGUCGGUCUUAUUACCCAUGCUAACAAGCAAUAGAUUACACAGUCAUGCCACUUGGUGAAAAAUUGGUUCUUUCACACGAGGUUACGGGAGAGAACUGUUCAAAACAAUACCUGUGUCAAGUACAAUACUCCACUGAUCAUUGCCCACAGUUAGGGAAGUAACCCGAGACUGUGACGGUAGGACGAGAAUCCCACUGAUUCAGGUUGUGCUGAACAUGCCAGCCGUGCAGUAUUUCCUCAACGCCCCGUGACUUGCUGUGAAAACCCUCCAAGUCUGGAAUGUGGAAGUGCAUAAAUGUGCUUCUCAUGUGUUUAUCUACAAAGUACAGUAUAAAAAUUUAAAACAAGACUAAAACAUAACUGAGAAACUUUUAAUGUUGUUAUUGGGAAUAAUAAUGAUAGUGUGGUUCUGCAGUACAAGAACAUCUUUUCCUGUGAAGUAACAGUACAUCAAAAGGGAUUAAAUAUGACUACUGUUUUCAGGCAAACUUUGUAAUACAGGAAAAUUUGUUUGUUGAAUUUAGGAUUCUUAAUGUUCUUAUAUGUCAGGUGCAAUUAAUUACAAGCAAAGUAAAGGCCUGAGGGUAGAUUUUGUCUUGAAGUUAAUGAAUUGGCAAUGCCCAUCUGAUACUUAAGAAACACUCACAAAAAAAUCUGCCUAGGAUUUCAAAAUAACUACUGUUGUGUUUUGUCAGGUAAACAUCUGACACUGGGUUUAGGUCUUCAGUUAACUCAAGGAAGCAGUCUGGGGUAUUGAAUAUAUGGCUUUAGCAUCUUAUAUACAUUGUACAUACAUUAAUCUAUAAGUCACACUAUACAUGGAACAGUUGAAGAUGAUAACUGCAUCUGAGAAGCAUUGACUAAUGAAAUAUUUUCUGACAGUUUCACUCAUCAUAUUCAACUCUUAGGUAUCUUACAACAUAAUGCGGGUCUUACUCUCUUUACACACUAUUUUUAAGUUGUAGUAUUAAUAUGUCCUAGUGGUACUGUGAUUGAAUCAUUCACAUGUUCUAAAACCAGUCCCAUGAUACACUGUUUAAUUUUUUUAACAUAAAUGAUUUCUUGGGCAGAUUUGUUUGUGAAUGGUGUAUAUAACCUUAGCCUCGCUGAGAUCAUUGAUUCAGGUUCCCGCAUGUGCAGCCCCAGUCGUUCAUUACCAUGGCUGGUUGGGUGAAUAUCAUCGUGUAGAUUAUUUUGAUGAAAUAAAUGUUAUUUUCUAAAAUGA